CAGCAAUAAUUCGUGGGCCCCAAGACCAUCAGCUUCCGCGCCGCCUCCACCCCCUCGCCUAUCGCCAGCUCGCCAGCAACCGUCGACGCGCCGGGGUGACGUCUGUAUAGCGCUUUCCCGACGCGUGUUCUCCCCGUUGCCUCGCACGUUGGAUGCCCCAGCCGGCACCCGACUGUGAAGGCAACACCGACGCCGGCCGCUCAUGAUGCCAGGCCCUCACAUACCGCCUGCCGUACCUCUCCAUCCAGGAAGGCGGCAAGGUGACCCUCAGUACCACUACCAUAUCCCGCCGCAGACGCACUCGCCGGUCCACAAUCCGUAUGUGCCCUACCACCACCCGCAGCACUAUGCUCCGCCGCACGCCUCGCCGUAUCCCCAGCAGAUGCAGCAAUGGUACAACCCGUAUCAUCAGCCGCAGCACCAGUAUGCGAUGCCCCCGCGGCAAUUCCAGCCCCACGGCUCCCCCGUCGUAGUUUCCUCACACCCACACAUGGCGCCCAUGCCUCCAGUGAAUCGCGCGCUGGGGCAAACACCUCCGAUUGUUCAUUCACGAACUCCGCCCGCUCCCCGCAUUCCUACUCCGCAGGCUGCGCCCUCCACGCCGUCCGUGAAUUCGCAAACUCAUGUGUCGUCACCGACGCCGCCGACAGACAUGACUACUCCAACUCCUCCGCCCAGCACUCCUUCCAGGGCUUCAUUGCCUCCACCUCCACCACAGCCCCAGCGCACAGUAUAUAUGCCAUACUACCCGCAGCUGCCUUGGUUGUCGGUCCCGGAAGCCGAGUUCCCCCCACGAGCAUCACAAAAGAAGAGGCGACGAAGAGCUCCGGUACCGGCGCAGGAGGAGGGUCUGGCUCUGCCCUCACGCGAGCAAACCGUGGAGCCAGAGGUUGUCAAGGAAGAAGAAACUCAAGCAGAGGAAACCGUGCUGACUCCAACCGAGGACCCGGUGGACUCUCGCGCUUCGACCAUCGCCGCAGUGUCCGAGGCUGAGGUGGAGACCCCAUCGACAUCGCACCCGCCGUCUGAGGCAGAUUCAACAAAUCCCAUCACCCCGUCAUCGGCCAUGCCUCUGCGGUCCGCUCGACCCGCUGCUCCCUCGCACUCGCAUGUUCGGACCGCCACCAAGCCUGCCGUUCCCCUCAUUCCCAUCAGGCCCAUCAAGCCUGCGAGCGUUACUUCCACCACUCAGAAAUCGGUCAAGUCGGCAGCAGCAGACAAAGACAAGGAUGAGACCAAGAAGGCCGAGGAUGCGGCUGCUCACACGCCUGCCGCUGAGACUCCUGGUAGCGCUGAAGAGACACCCAAGGCAUCGCCUCCACCCAAGGCGGCCCCACCCAAGUCGUGGGCGGAGCUUCUGCGGUCCAAGGUCGCUCCUACCCCGGCGCAAGCACCCAUUGCGAACGGCGUCGUUACUGCCAACGGAUCGGCUGCGCAAAAGAGCAAUUCCCUUGGCGAUGUUCUCGCAGCAUAUUCUGUGGACUCCGAUAAAAAGCUUUCGUUUCUUGAGCCCCGUGGUCUUGUAAAUACGGGCAAUAUGUGUUAUAUGAAUUCCAUUCUUCAAGUUCUUCUUUUCUGUGUACCAUUUUACGACUUCCUGGAUCAGGUUGCUAAGCGCGCGGUGCAUAGCUUCAAGUCCGACACCCCUUUGGUAGAUGCAAUGAUCAUGUUUAUGCGCGAUUUCAAAGUAAUUGACUCAGCCGUCUCCGCCGAGAAGCUCCGUCUACGCUUGAAGGACACCGAGCUGGAGCAAUACGGCGACCCGCUCACUCCGGAAUACGUUUACGACGUCAUCAGACGUUUGCCGCGUUUUGACCACAUGAAGCGGGGCCAGCAAGAGGACGCUGAAGAGUUCUUGGGCUUCUUGCUCGCCGGUCUACACGACGAGUGCGGCCACGUCAUUAAGAGCGGGCGAAACACGCCCGGCGCGGUGGCGGACAUCACAUCACCGAAGAGCGAGCGGUCUAAUUCGAUGGACAGCGGCUGGCUCGAAGUCGGGCCCAAGCAGAAGGCGUCGAUCACGCAGUCAUCUGGGGUAAUCGAAGUUGAAAGCCCUAUCACUAGGAUAUUCGGCGGAAAGAUUCGGUCCGAGUACCGCAAGCCUGGCGAGAAGCCUUCCGUUACGCUGGAACCCUACCAGCCUCUUCAGCUGGACAUUGGCUCGCCCAAUAUUAACAACAUCACGGAUGCCCUGAAAGGCUUAACUCACUUGGAAACGCUCGAUAGCACUGCGCGUAGUGGUCGGGCCUCGACCAAGCAGAUGUUCAUCGAGACGCUGCCGCCUGUCUUAAUUCUGCACCUCAAGCGUUUCCACUAUGACACCAAUGGUGCCCAGAAGAUUUGGAAGAAGAUUGGAUAUCCACUUGAGCUGGAGAUCCCCAAGGACGUGUUUCCGCCACACAAGCGGGGAAGCUUCAACGUUCGCGGUGGCCUGCCGCGCUACAGGCUCACCGCAGUCGUUUACCACCACGGUAAGAAUGCCAGCGGUGGCCAUUACACCGUCGACGUUCGUAGGCAGGAGGGCCGAGAAUGGAUUCGGAUGGACGAUACUAUCAUUCGGCGUAUUCGCGCGGAAGAUGUUGCGGAGGGAGGUGCUGAGGAGGACCCCAAGGUGUUGGCGGCCGCUCUUGAGCAGCACAAGAAAGACGCCGGAAAGAGCAAGAACUUCUACGAGCAGGUCGGCCUAGAAGACGACGAUGAAGAGACGAGCAAGGGUGGCUGGAGCCAGGUCAAUGGCUCGGACAAGAAGGAGAACACGAAGAAGUGGAGUGGAGUGGUGAACGGGACAGCGACUCCCAGCUCAGCUGGCAAGAGGACGCCGCUUCCCAAGGAGAACGUCCGGGACAACAAGGUGGCUUACAUCUUGUUCUACCAGCGUAUUGAGGCUUGAGUGGAUCGCGUUGG